AUGCUCAAGUCACUGAACAUCAACUUGACGGUUGAGGAGCGCGAGCAGGUGCCAAAGAAGCUGCUCAAGUCGAUCAUGAUGAAGUUCCUGCCGGCCGCGGAGACACUGCUGCAGAUGAUCGUGGCGCACCUGCCGUCGCCCAAGAAGGCGCAGAGCUACCGCGCGGAGAUGCUUUACUCCGGUGAGGCCGCCCCCGAUGACAAGUACUUCAACGGCAUUAAGAACUGUGACCCGAACGCGCCGCUGAUGCUGUACAUCAGCAAGAUGGUGCCGACGGCUGACCGUGGCCGCUUCUUUGCUUUUGGCCGUAUCUUUGCUGGUAAGGUGCGCAGCGGCCAGAAGGUGCGCAUCAUGGGCAACAACUACAUCUACGGCAAGAAGCAGGAUCUCUACGAGGACAAGCCAGUGCAGCGCACGGUGCUGAUGAUGGGACGUUACCAGGAGGCUGUGGAGGACAUGCCGUGCGGUAACGUGGUGGGCCUUGUGGGCGUCGACAAGUACAUUGUGAAGUCUGCCACCAUCACGGAUGAGGGUGAGAGCCCCCACCCGCUGCGUGAUAUGAAGUACUCUGUGUCGCCUGUUGUGCGUGUUGCAGUUGAGGCGAAGAACCCGUCCGACCUGCCGAAGCUCGUGGAGGGACUGAAGCGCCUCGCCAAGUCCGACCCCCUUGUGGUGUGCUCGAUUGAGGAGAGCGGUGAGCACAUCGUCGCUGGUGCCGGCGAGCUGCACCUGGAGAUUUGCCUCAAGGAUCUGCAGGAGGACUUCAUGAACGGUGCGCCACUGAAGGUGUCUGAGCCCGUCGUGUCUUUCCGUGAAACCGUGACUGACGUCUCAUCGAUUCAGUGUCUGUCCAAGUCUGCCAACAAGCACAACCGUCUUUUCUGCCGCGGCGCCCCGCUGACGGAGGAACUGUGCGUCGAGAUGGAGGACGGCCUGAAUGCGGGCUCCGAGGCGGACCCCAAGACGCGUGCCCGCUUCCUCGCGGACAAGUUCGAGUGGGACGUGGCGGAGGCACGCAAGAUCUGGUGCUACGGCCCUGACAACCGCGGUCCCAACGUUGUUGUGGACGUGACGAAGGGAGUGCAGAACAUGAUGGAGAUGAAGGACUCGUUCGUAGCGGCGUGGCAGUGGGCAACGCGCGAGGGUGUGCUGUGUGACGAGAACAUGCGCGGUGUGCGCAUCAACGUGGAGGACGUGACGAUGCACGCGGAUGCCAUCCAUCGUGGUGGCGGCCAAAUCAUCCCCACUGCUCGCCGUGUGUUCUACGCGUGCUGCCUCACCGCUUCGCCGCGCCUGAUGGAGCCGAUGUUCCAGGUCGACAUCCAGACGGUGGAGCACGCGAUGGGCGGCAUCUACGGUGUGCUGACGCGCCGUCGUGGUGUGAUCAUUGGCGAGGAGAACCGCCCCGGUACACCCAUCUACAACGUCCGCGCGUACCUUCCCGUCGCGGAGUCCUUCGGCUUCACCGCCGACCUGCGCGCCGGGACGGGCGGCCAGGCGUUCCCGCAGUGUGUGUUCGACCACUGGCAGCAGUACCCCGGUGACCCGCUGGAGCCCAAGUCGCAGGCCAACACACUGACGCUUGGCAUCCGCCAGCGCAAGGGGCUGAAGCCCGACAUCCCGCCGCUGGACAGCUUCCUCGACAAGCUAUAA